GAAGAUCACUUUGGCAGCAGUCUGUAGAAAUAUUUUGAAAGAGGGUGUGGGGAAAAGGUAUCUGAGCCACAGGAGGGGUGAAAAGUAGAAGACAGACUUGGGGAAUGUCUUCAGACUCUGCCAGCAUGAGGGUUCAAAGGAAGUCAGGUUAAUAGAGGUAAUGCAGACUUUUACUGGUCUGCGUUCAAACGUGGAAUGUAGGACCUUUACUACAAGUCUCUUCUAGGUGCUCUUGGAGUCAGAGGCAUCUUACCUGUGCUUGCAGAGCCCCUGUCCUUGGCAACGUCUGCUUUGGCUGCUUUGUUGAUGACCGUGGGCCAGAAGGAUUUGAAGCCCCUUUGCUCUUACCCUGUUGGAAGCCAACAUGUCCCUGAAAAAUAGGCCAAGAGUAAAUACCUCUGCACUGCAGAAAAUCGCUGCUGACAUGAGUAAUUUGAUAGAAAAUCUGGACACGCGGGAGCUGCACUUUGAGGGAGAGGACGUGGAUUACGAUGUGUCUCCCAGCGAUCCCAAGACGCAGGAAGCGUGUAUUCCAUUCUCUGCUAUUUAUAAGACUCAAGGAUUUAAGGAGCCUAACAUACAGACGUAUCUCUCCGGCUGUCCAAUAAAAGCCCAAGUCCUGGAAGUGGAACGCUUUACGUCUACAGCAAGGGUACCAAGUAUCAAUCUUUACACUGUUGAAUUAACACAUGGGGAAUUUAAGUGGCAAGUUAAGAGGAAGUUCAAGCACUUUCAAGAAUUUCACAGAGAGCUGCUCAAGUACAAAGCUUUUACCCGAAUCCCCAUUCCCACUAUAAGGCACACAUUUAGAAGACAGAAUGUCAAAGAAGAGCCUCGAGAGAUGCCAAGUUUGCCCCGUUCAUCUGAAAACAUGAUCGGAGAAGAACAAUUCUUUGGCAGAAGGAAACAACUGGAGGAUUAUUUGACAAAGCUACUAAAAAUGCCCAUGUACAGAAACUACCAUGCGACAACAGAAUUCCUUGGCAUAAGCCAGCUGUCUUUCAUCCAUGAUUUGGGACCAAAGGGCAUAGAAGGUAUGAUAAUGAAAAGAUCCGGGGGACACAGAAUACCAGGCUUGAAUUGCUGUGGUCAGGGAAGAGCCUGCUACCGCUGGUCAAAAAGGUGGUUGAUAGUGAAAGAUUCAUUUUUAUUAUAUAUGAAGCCAGACAGUGGUGCUAUUGCCUUUGUGCUGCUGGUAGAUAAAGAAUUCAAAAUUAAGGUGGGGAAGAAGGAGACAGAGACGAAAUAUGGGCUCCGAAUCGAUAAUCUUUCAAGGACACUUAUUUUAAAAUGCAACAGCUAUAGACAUGCUCUGUGGUGGAGAGGGGCUAUAGAAGAAUUCAUCCAGAAACACGGCACCAACUUUCUCAAAGACCAUCGAUUUGGGUCAUAUGCUGCUAUCCAGGAGAAUACUUUAGCUAAAUGGUACGUUAAUGCCAAAGGGUAUUUUGAAGAUGUGGCAAGUGCUAUGGAAGAGGCAGAAGAAGAGAUUUUUAUCACGGAUUGGUGGUUGAGUCCAGAAAUCUUCCUGAAACGCCCGGUGGUCGAAGGAAAUCAUUGGAGGUUGGACUGCAUUCUCAAACGAAAAGCACAACAGGGAGUGAGAAUCUUUGUAAUGCUCUACAAAGAGGUGGAACUUGCUCUCGGAAUCAACAGUGAGUACAGCAAGAGGACCCUCAUGCGUCUACACCCCAACAUAAAGGUGAUGAGGCACCCAGAUCAUGUAUCAUCCAGUGUGUAUCUUUGGGCUCAUCAUGAGAAACUUGUUGUCAUCGACCAGUCAGUGGCCUUUGUGGGUGGCAUUGACCUGGCCUACGGAAGGUGGGAUGACAAUGAACACAGACUCACAGACAUGGGCAGUGUGAAGCGUGUCACCGCAAGAUCGUCUCUGGGUUCCUUCACUGCUGAAACAACAGGGUCCAUGGAAUCCUUGAGCCUCAAAGACAAAAAUGAAUCUAGUAAAAAUCCGCCUACCCUGAAGAGUGUUGAUGAUAUGGAUUCAAAACUGAAAGGAAUAGGAAAGUCCAGAAAGUUCUCUAAAUUUAGCCUCUACUGGCAGCUCCACAGGCACCACCUAUACAAUGCAGACAGCAUCAGCAGCAUUGACAGCGCCUCCAGUUAUUGUAAUCACUGUAGGAGUCGUCAGAAUUUAAUCCAUGGUUUAAAACCCCACCUGAAACUCUUUCGCUCCUCCAGUAAGUCUGAGCAGGGCCUCGCUAGACCUGACGUGGACACCAGCUCCAUCCGCAGUUUGCAGACAGGCAUGGGAGAGCUCCAUGGGGAGACCAGGUUCUGGCAUGGGAAGGACUACUGCAAUUUUGUCUUCAAAGACUGGGUUCAACUGGAUAAACCUUUUGCUGAUUUCAUUGACAGAUACUCCACUCCCCGGAUGCCGUGGCAUGACAUUGCCUCUGUGGUCCACGGGAAGGCGGCUCGUGACGUGGCCCGUCACUUCAUCCAGCGCUGGAACUUUACGAAGAUUAUGAAGUCAAAAUAUCGGUCCCUCUCUUAUCCUUUCCUGCUUCCCAAAUCUCAAACAACAGCCCAUGAGUUGAAAUAUCAAGUGCCUGGGUCCGUCCAUGCCAAUGUACAGCUGCUUCGUUCUGCUGCUGACUGGUCGGCUGGUAUAAAGUACCAUGAAGAGUCCAUCCACACUGCUUACGUCCAUGUGAUAGAGAACAGCAAGCACUACGUCUAUAUAGAAAACCAGUUUUUCAUAAGUUGCGCUGAUGACAAAGUUGUGUUCAACAAGAUAGGUGACGCCAUUGCUCGGAGGAUACUGAAAGCUCACAGGGAAAGCCAGAGAUACCGGGUGUAUGUGGUGAUCCCACUGCUGCCAGGGUUUGAAGGAGACAUCUCAACCGGUGGAGGAAACGCUCUGCAGGCAAUAAUGCACUUCAACUACAGGACCAUGUGCAGAGGAGAAAAUUCCAUCCUUGGACAAUUAAAAGCAAAGCUUGGCAAUCAGUGGAUAAAUUACAUAUCAUUCUGUGGCCUUAGAACACAUGCAGUGCUUGAAGGAAAUCUAGUCACUGAGCUCAUCUAUGUCCACAGCAAGUUGCUAAUUGCUGAUGACAACACUGUUAUUAUUGGCUCUGCCAACAUCAACGACCGAAGCAUGCUGGGAAAGCGUGACAGUGAAAUGGCCGUCAUUGUGCAGGACACGGAGACGGUCCCUUCGGUGAUGGACGGAGAAGAGUACCAGGCUGGCCGCUUCGCCCAGGGACUUCGGCUGCAGUGCUUCAGGGUUGUCCUUGGCUAUCUUUCUGACCCAAGUGAAAACAUUCAGGAUCCUGUGAGUGACAAAUUCUUCAAGGAGGUGUGGGUUGCAACGGCAGCUCGAAAUGCUACAAUUUAUGAUAAGGUGUUCCGGUGCCUUCCCAAUGAUGAAGUAAACAAUUUAAUUCAACUCAGAGACUUUAUAACCAAGCCCAUCUUGGCAAGGGAAGAUCCCAUUAGAGCUGAGGAAGAACUGAAGAAGAUCCGCGGGUUCUUAGUGCAAUUCCCCUUUUAUUUCCUGUCUGAAGAAAACCUACUGCCUUCCGUUGGAACCAAAGAAGCCAUAGUGCCCACAGAGGUUUGGACUUAAGGGUGAUACUCGUUUGCAGCUCAAGGACUUCCACCUUGAAAAGCGCACUGCACACAGUGACUUCAGGGAGAUCCUCAGAGCCGCAGCCAGCCCCAGUGCACGCUGGGAUCCACCCCAUGCACCCCCUGGAUUGGCCAGGCAGGGCUGUGGUCCUACUGAUAGAAGGACGCUGAACAUCAGGUGGGCUUUCUAACUCCUCCUGCUUAUCCCUGUGAAAAAGGGACUGUAUUCUUACUGGGAACACAUGCUCAACAGCGAAUUCCACGGUGUGCACCAAAAUGCAUUUCCUUUGCUAACAGAACUUCACCUGUGCCUGUGAUUGAGGCUGCCAGAAAUUGUCGAAACCUCCUUAUUCUUCUCUGACCCUCAUGAAUGCAGCUGAUGACUGUUGUACCCGCCCUCACUUCAUAGUACAUACACACACGGUUUAAGAUAUUGUUUAUUACUGGAAGAUGUUGCAGUGCUGCUUCCAGGUUCUUUAAAGUAACGAGGAUACCCCUGCCCAUCUGGUCCUGAAGUAGGAGUGUUCACCCAAGCAAGGAUGUGGUCCUUAUCCCCGUUCAGUGACUGAAAGGACAGGGUAGACAUUAUGUAUACAGCUGCCCAUGUUAGGUGCUUCUGAUAACAUCAGCACUAUAGAUCUUAACACCACAGAGCAAUAGGAAGGAAUUAAAGUUGGUUAUUGAGGCAGAGAUUUUACUUUGCCUCCAAAGGCAAUGACAAGACAUGGUCUUUUGAUAGGAUCCACCCGAUCAAAUUUGAAAACACAUGAAGGCUAUUUCAUUACACAGCAGCUGAUGAAACUCAGAGACAAAGAACGCAGCCUUCAGAAGCCUGCAAGGUGGCCGUGGGGAUCGGAUCCAGACAAGAAAAGAAGAUUCCUUAUAGUCCUGGAAAAUUCCUAUCAUCCUUAGCUGCGGGAUUGAUUGAAAUUUGAGUUUCUACAUUUGAAAACCAAACCAGUGAAUGCAAUUUGUCUUUCAAGAGAACCAAAGUCUUCCUAACUCCUACGAAAUUAAUAAGUAGAAGGCUAACCUUAUUUGACAUUCAGCUCUCAGCUAUGUUACCUUCUUUAAGAAAAAUUGAUUGCAAAAUACUUGCUAUUUAACUUGUAUCAUUAAAUAUGCAUGAACAUUCCAGCAGGCUUCCAAAGAGGUUAGAAUCUUCAUUAAUUCACAUUGUCCUAGUCUACUAAUUGUUCUGGAAACCCAUUUUUCCUUUUUGAAUAGUCACGUUCCCUUUGGUGCACCCUAGCUCUAAUGUUACUCAACAGAACUCUUCUUCCAGCCUGAAUUGCUGAUGUGCGUUCCCAAAAGGCCUGUGCCCAUAAAACAUGAUGCAGGUGCAUUGAUCACACGUGUAUGGAUUCCUGGGACAGAACCUCAUUGGAGUCGUUCUUUAAAAAAAAGCGAGGACCCAAUCUUUGUUUUCAUGGAGUUAGGAAGAGGUUAAACAGGAGUACAAAGUCAAUAAUCCAGGCGAGUAGGAGAGAAUGUCACACUCAGGAGAGGAUUUCACACCUAGAGAACAUUUCACAAAUGAGGUGGGACUAUGCUUUAGGAAUAAAUAAUUUCUCAGAUGGCUGAAGGUGGUAAAACAACUUCAUUCUAUAGCAGCUGUAAAUAAUACGUUUGCUAUUUAUGAAGUUUAGAUUGGCAUUUAAAGCAUUGAGUGGACGCGGAAUACUGAAGGAUUACUAAUAGUUUACUUUUAAAUAUUUUUUAAACUAUAGAACAGGCAACACACUGGCUUUUGAUUUUGUGCAAAAUGCUCUCCUAACACCAUGAAAAAUAAAAGCCUAAAAUGUCCCCUUCUCUUAAAAAAAAAAAUCACUUAGUCCAGCCUCUCCCCAUUUUAUAGAUGACAAAACUGAGGCCCAGAUUGGUUGAAGGAUGCACUUGAGUUCACCCACCUGAGAGAUGGUAGAGGCAGGACUAGUGAAAUUGCUGUGGUGCAUUCCUAGCCUCUCUCUCGAUGUCAUCACUGUCCACAAGUGAGGAGAGGCAAUAAACAGAUUUCAGUCAGGAUAUCUCUAAGCUGCUUUGAACACUGUGAUAUCAUGUACUUAAGUGUUUAUCUGUCUUCCCCUGUUUGAAUGUAAGCUCCCUGGGGCAGGGACUUCGCUGUGUUUUGUUCAUAGUGUAUCCUCAGAGCUUGGAACAGUACUGGGCACAUUGGAGGUGCUCAGUAACUGGUGGGUGAAUAAACGAGGUGGAGGAGAGAGCUAAUGAAAUGACAAACUUACGGUGUCUCAGGCAAGAAAUCUUACUGUUGGUUUCUGGGGCCAGUUUCCUUUCUACUGCACCUUCUGAAAGGCAAGAUGUUCUUCUGCAAAGAGAGAGGUUACCAGCUUUACUUGGGUGGAUUUUCUGGAAGAUUCCAUGCAAUAAUGGCCAAUUUGCAACAGCAGCUUACAUAGAGCAGCAUUCUGCAAGUCACGUGGGGUGUGGACACGAGGUGUACUGCAUGGCCUAAUUAGCCAUCAUUCUGACACCACUAUUACCUAAUAAUAGAAGUUCAAAUAGUUUAUCUUCAACAUUGCAAUAUCUGAUAUCAACUUUAAAAUACAAAUGAUUCAAAGCCUUGAAAAGCUAUUAUGAAUCUGCUCCACAUUUUUUUUUUUUUUAAAGAUUUUAUUUUAUUUUCGACAGAGAUAGAGACAGCCAGCGAGAGAGGGAACGCAAGCAGGGGGAGUGGGAGAGGAAGAAGCAGGCUCAUAGCAAAGUAGCCUGAUGUGGGGCUCGAUCCCAGAUCGCCGAGAUCACGCCCUGAGCCGAAGGCAGACGCUCAACCGCUGUGCCACCCAGGCGCCCCUGCUCCACAUUUGAACUCAACUGUAAUCUUCUGAAAUGCCUAUAAAUGCUGUACCCAAUACUCUGAUAAUCUCUGUAAAAAUUUUUAUUUUCAAGAAGGGAAAAUUCUAUGAUUAUACAAAAGGACUGGCAGGAAGUCGAAUAGCCACUCAAACUGUCCGGACUGUCCAAGCUCAGUCGUUGGAGGGUACUGAACACAACAGGUCUGGUGCAAGCAUUUGCUGGGUAUCAAGUGUCCACUCGGUGACUCGCCCUUCCUUGGGAUGCUCUUAAUUCUCACCUCUAAGGCAUCACGCAGAGGCUCGGAGAGGCGGUUGCUAGAUAAUUGAGUGGCAUAUCGUAAAACAAAAUAUUGGUUUUCUUUUAGUAGCACCUUUGGAAGAAAACUUCAUCUGUUGGUCAAAAACGUGAGCAGUUCAUCUCUUGUGUGCUAACUUGGGAAGUUGUGAUGUAUCAUGAACGAAUCGUCUCCCCGGUGAAAACAGCAGGCGAAGAAGCCUUCCUGCAGCCGUCAGACUAGAGGCAGACCCGGUCUGCACGCUCUUCAAGAAGAAUCUCCCCGUCCUCCUGCAGCUCCACACCCCUUACUCCUUCGGCCUCUGUCCCCAGGCAGGGCACCUCCUUAUUAUGUAAACCAUUCUAGAGGACAAGAAGAGGCUUUCUGAAAAGACAAAAUGAGGCCUCUACAACAAAUCUUCAGCCUCACUUCCCUUUUAAGUGACUGACAAAAUAUUAUUAUUUUUUACCAGAGGUAAUCGUCUCAUGAACAUCCCUGAUCUGAUACGGCACUUGAGCGUUUUCUGAUGUCUGUCACCCUCUACGGCAGGGGCAGAGAGGGUCCUUCACGUCUCCUCAUCCCUCUCUACUCUGUUGUAUAAAAUGAGCAAAGGCUAAAGGACUUUAAGUGUGCUUAGGAAUACAUUUUUAUUUCCCUGGAAGAUCCUUGGAGGCCAAUUACUACUGGCAGUUUGGAGGUUUCAAAUGGAUGGGCCUUGAGAAAUUCUUGAAUCUAGAAAGCACUAGAAAAAGAAUUCAUCAGCAUCUCUCAGAAAGUUGCAGGCGAAAAGUCAGUGGAUUCGAAUUAUUUUUAGGGGGGUGGCUAGGUACCAUGAAAUGAUUCCAGACGGCAUUUAAUUCACAUGUGAGAUAGCACUGACUUUGACUUGAGAUUAGAAGCUUUCAUUAAAGGAACCAAAUGUUUUAUGACUAAAUUUCUUAUAGGUUAUUUUAUUUUUCCUUUAUACUAUCUUUAAUUUUGAACUUAAGAACAGUAAUCAAACAUACGAUACAUGAAAAUUUGUCAUGCUAAUAAGCAUUUGGAGGUUAUAAAGUCAGAGACUAGGAUGGCAGUCCAGCCAAGGUGCAGGCUCACUUCCUCUUUGCCCAAGCAACUAUAGUUGUUCACUUUACUCUUGAUAAAUGCACGUAAGUGAACGUCACUGUAAUUCUGCACACUAGGAAAUAGGACAUCCUGUCCUCCUGAUGUAGAUCUACUUGGAUUCUUCACACAAAAUAGUCUGGGCCAAAGGUACUGAUAUUCUCCUAAACCACUCUAAAACGUCAUGCCAAAGUAUUGCAGUUGAAGCAUGUGUCACUGAUGCACACACACACAAAAUACUUGACAAGGAACAUCCAUUCAGAAUAUUUCAAUAAUCUGGACAGAACCCAGGCUCCUAGCCUCACCUCUGUCGCAGCACUUGGCACACCAAGGCUGGGCCUCCUGUUUUUGUAAAUAAAGUUUUAUUUGAACACAGCCACGUCCAUUCAUUUCCAUGCAUUCAUGACCAAAUGAUCUACAAAUCCUAAAAUAUUCACUAUCUUUAAGAAAAACCUACUGGUCCUCCCUCUAGAGGGAGCAGAGAAUGUCCAGACAGAGUCCCUCAACCAAACAGAGUUGGGUGAGUUCUAAUCUCUUCCCUAACAAGGUUUUCAAGUCUCCCUAUCCCAGAGCCCAACAUUCUACAAUGGAUUUAUUUGAAGAACAAAGUCAGGUCCUUUUAGGAAUAAAAUCACGUGGUUUUGGUUCUGGAAAGACAUGUUGCAGCUAAAGCAGGCUUCUCCCAGCUGAGCACUCAUUGGCAUACAUUGACAAUGUUUGUAACUAAAGUGUUAAAAAAUGAGGAUGGACAGGCUGAAGGGUUUGAAUACAAACAUUCAAUACAUUCUGAAUACAAAAUGAGAACUGUGAACUCAGGAAGACUCAGUUUCCCGUGAACUUUCCAUCUGUGAAGCAUUGGAAAUGAUCCAUGUAUCCAUUCUCCGCCUCACAAUCAAUGCUCUCUGUGCCUGGUUCCUUAACCGCUUUUUUUAAAUGUAAAUAUUCAUUCGUUAAAUCAUUAAAAGUAUGAAAUCAGCAGUGUCCCUUUAUUUGAAAACCAGAUUCCUUGUUCUGCACCGGUGUCUUGAGAGCCAGAGCGCUGCAUGUCUGAGCUUGAGACGGAACAGUGUGUCUGUGGAGCCCCCGCCCACACCCCAGUCGUGGGCCCCCACGAAGGUAGCUUCAGAUCUCAGCGUCCUCUGCUUCUCCCAGGCCUCUGACCCGUGAGGUGUGAUGCUAGAGUGAGGUGCUGGAUUUCUUUGAAAAGACUGAGACAGCUUGCAGUCAGCACGUACUGAGGAAGGCCAGUGAGGGUGCUGGGGUGCAUCGGUGAAUGAGUCAGAGCAGGUGGGCCUUCCUGGUGCCCACAUUCUAGUGAAUUGAGAGUGCAAAGUUACUGCCAUUCUCAAACUAAGAAAGUGCCUGAAAUAGGAGGCAUUUGGGUGCAAGUAGGGGAAUUACUAAGCUGGAGAAAACAGCAAAGACUAGGGUGAAAUAGAAUAAAUGUCAGUCUUCGAGGACACCAGAGUAGAAACCAGGAAACAACCAUAUUACUACUACCCAUAACAGUAAUAGCUAUCAUGAGUGACUUUGUUGGCCAGGACGUCUUCUAAGCACUUGACAUGUUUGAGCUCAUUCAACAGCUCUGGAGAUACAUGCUCAGGAAUGGUCAUGGCCCUGAGACUGUCCUUUACUCCCUCUUCGAGACUCCGGGGGCUUACAUACAACACCCAGGUAUAAGAGGGAUAGGUGUGGGGCUGAACAGCAGACCCCAGUGGGAAAAGCAUGGGCUUCAGCAUUCAAGAGAGCGCACCCCAAAGCUCCACCCUGCCACUUGUUAGCUGUGGGACUCUGCCAGCAAAUAAUCCUCUCAGAGGUCUUCAAAUGUGGUAAUAGAGCCUCACUCGUGAAGGCCAAUGAGACAGGUAGGUAAAAGCAAAACACCACACACACAGUAGGUGUUUCUAUCAAGCCACAGCAGAUGCCUUUCAUCUACUCUCUGAACGUGAGGCAAGCCAUCUUGAAUAGAGAGGACA